AUGGGAGAUCUUGAUGAUGAAAAAUUUAAAUGCAGAGAAUCGUUUAGAAAUGCUUUGAAAUGCUGCAACAACCACCCUGAACCUCCUUCAGACGUAAACCUUUAUGAAUGUUUUCAAUUACCCAACACACCUGUUUCGUGUGAACGUGAAAUCUGCAUUGCUACAAAAAGAGGAACUGGCAAACCUAAUGGAGAAAUAAUCCUGGAUAAACUUAAAGAGGAAGUUGAGAAAGAUUUCUCUGGUAUGGCAGAAUUAUUAGAGGCUAUUAAAGAAAAUUGUUUAGAUGGUAACAUAGAAAUAUACGGUACACCGGAUAUGUGUGAACUGAAGAAAUAUAGACAUUGUAUGGAACAUCAAUUACUGGCGACGUGCUCCGACUGGUCGCAAGAAAGUUCGUGUGACGGAAUAAAAGAAAAAACCGAAAAAUGUGUUAAACUUUUUGAGUCUUAG